GCGCGUUAUCAGAUAAAAAUAAAAACAACGCAAGGACGCGACAGAGAAUAUUUCACUAGUAAAAACCAUUCGGCAAAAGUGGGCAGUCUCAGGCCGGCGCCACAUCGAUCGGCUGAUUCACAGCGCGCAGUAAGAGCCUUAUUCGACGAUAUUUCGAUAGUCGACAUCGUCAAAAAUAUGUUUACACAUUAGCACUCUAUACCAUUGUAUUACGGCGAAAGAUGUGUAGAUAUCUUCAGCGUCGAUCAGACAUGUCCUGUUUCGCUACUGCGCGAAUUUCCUGUGAUUCAUUUGAAUAUGGAGGUGCCAAUUUCAGCCGGCUGUAGUGCCGGCCACAUGCGUGGCAGGAGCGCCACUGUGCAGUCGGUGUAUAACAAAUGUGUUUUUUUUUUCUUUAAGAUAACAUAUGAGUACAACAAGUGUCUGGAUGCGGUGUGAUUUAUUUUUAUCAUGGAGCUGACACUAUUUGUGAUAACGUUCCUGUGGUCUUUAAAAAUGUCUUCUGGCAUCCGAUGCUACAGCUGCGAGGUAGAGCACACCACAGCGUACAACAAGGCAGCCAAGACAUUUGAAGCCACACAGACGUGCGACCACUUCAACGGCAGCGACGUCAAUGCCAUAGAUUGCCCGGAGUCAACCAUGUGCGUCAAGCGAGUGACUACGCAGGACAUCGGGCCAGAUCUUUCAUCCAAAAGCGUCAGACGCGGCUGCGCCCCUCAAACCACAGAGGGCAUGCAAGAAAAGGUCGGAAGGCAUUGGAGGCCCGUGAACAAAAUCUACGAAGUGUAUGAAGAGGGUUGCAUUGACGACCCGAGUAACGAGCACAAGCUUACUAAAACAAUACUGUGUUACUGCAGGGGAGAUCUGUGUAACAGUAGCGGGGAGUUACCUAUAUUACCCGCUACUUUACUGAUAGCAUUAGGAACAAUGCUCCUAUUUCGUCCGUGUACUUAAAAUUGUGUUUAUCACUUUAUUUAUUUUCUUAUUUGGAGCACAAUAUUUUAGGUUAUGUUAUUUAGAAUAAGGUGGAUACAGUAGAAUUCAGUAGAUAGUGGAGGAACUCACAGCAAUUUAUCAGUGUUCAAUUUGCUUAGGGAACAACUUGGUUACUACAAUUUAGUUAAAAAACAUUAGAAUGUUAUUUGCCGAUUUCACGCACAUGAACGAGGAGGUGCGUUUUCAUGUUAUUAUUUUUUUUCCUAGCCUAUUAUGGCGUCCCACUGCUGGGCAAAGGCCUCUUGAUCUCCACAUCGUCAGGCGUCAUCAUCAUCAGAUCGCGAUUUAGUGUUAGGUAUAGUCAGCAGCCUAAGUUGGUAAGC